CUGGUCAUGCAUGGCCUAGAAGGAGGAGUUUACUACCUCGAUCCCUUGUUGGCCUUCGCCCAUCGUUCAGACCUGAUAUUCCUCAAGAGUGUCAGUGGGCUGAUUCCUCGACGUGAGGUGCCUGACGUACUUCUAGAAAAUGGCGACUUCACCCCGGAUAGAAUCCGAAGAUAUAUAUUGCACCGUACGAAUAACAAAAUCGACGUGCAGGUGGCCCCAGACUCGCUGAAGCCAGACACAAUUCUUGUGGUCAGCACCAUGGUGGUUCAGGCAGAAUGGCAGACGCUCUUCUAUCAACAAAGAACCUACCAACAUCCCUUUCAGAGCCUCAAAGAACAUGGUUACCUCGAGGCAAAGGUUGACAUGAUGACUGAUGUGAGAAUAGUGCCCUGGAAGCAGGACCACCAGCUGGGUGUAACUGUGGCGGCGCUUCCACUCAAGGACAAGGACCUGUUGUUCAUCAUCGUCCUGCCCCUCGGCAGUCAUGGCUUCGCCGACGUCGAACAAGCAAUACUGAAAGAGAACGACGUUCUGGACACCAUCUUUGGGGGCUUGGAGCCGACGCUGGUCCGUCUGGGAAUCCCCAGAUUUAGAAUCAAUACCACUUUCUACAUGAGGGAAGGUCUGCAGUCGUUAGGCAUGGUUCAGGCAUUCGACCCCAACCUGGCGGACUUCAGCAAACUCUCAAAUGCUACCUUGAUGAACGACAAGUUGUAUCUCUCCGACAUUGUGCACGCCGCAGCCAUCGAGGUCAACGAGGAAGGCGUGUCGCCAUCAUCAGCCGCCAGCCCCAUACAGCUGGGUCACCCCUUUGGCAUGGUGCCGCCUGAUUACAGUUUCAUCGCAGACCAUCCUUUCCUGUUCUUUAUCAGACACACAGUUGUGGGCAAGACGCUGCUGUCCGGGAAGUACCUAGGACCCUGA